UCAGAACUCGUUGACCUGGCUGAAAACAUCCAGCAGAAACUGUCUUAUUUUAACGAGCUGGAAAACAUCAACACAAAACUGAAUUCCCCAACGCUGUCUGUGAACAGUGAAGGAUUCAUCCCCAUGCUGGCUAAGCUUGAUGAUUGUAUUGCAUAUAUCUCAUCCCAUCCCAAUUUUAAAGACUAUCCUGUAUAUUUGGUCAAGUUUAAACAAUGCCUUUCUAAAGCUAUGCACCUCAUCAAGACAUACACUGUGACUACCCUGCAGAACCUCACCAGCCAGCUGAUGAAAAGGGAUCCUUCAGCUGUGCCAAAUUCUGACAAUGCCUUCACUCUGUUCUAUGUCAAAUUCAGAGCAGCUGCUCCCAAAGUCAGAACUCUUAUUGAACAAGUGGAGCAAAGAUCUGAGAAAAUGCCAGAGUAUCAACAAGUUCUGAAUGAAAUCCAUCAAUGUUACCUUGACCAGAGGGAGCUUUUGCUUGGGCCAAGUAUUGCCAGCACUGUUACAGAGUUAACCAGUCAGAACAACAGGGAUCAUUGUGCUCUGGUCCGAAGUGGUUGUGCCUUUAUGGUCCAUGUGUGCCAGGAUGAGCACCAGCUUUACAAUGAGUUCUUCACAAAACCAACACCUAAACUGGAUGAACUGUUGGAGAAGUUGUGUCUUUCCUUGUAUGAUGUCCUGAGGCCAAUGAUCAUCCAUGUCAUCCACUUAGAGACACUUUCUGAACUCUGUGGGAUUCUCAAAAACGAGAUGCUUGAAGAUCAUGUCCAGAACAAUGCUGAACAACUGGGUGCAUUUGCAGCUGGUGUCAAGCAGAUGUUAGAAGAUGUCCAAGAACGUCUUGUCUAUAGGACACAUAUUUACAUUCAGACUGAUAUCACAGGCUACAAGCCUGCUCCAGGUGACCUUGCAUAUCCAGACAAGCUGGAAAUGAUGGAGCAAAUUGCCCAGAGUUUGAAAGAGGAACAGAAGAAGCUGCCACCUGAAGCUUCAUUUUCAGAUGUCCAGCUGGAAGAUCCAGAGUCCAGCUUAAUUAAAUCUGGUUCAGCAGAAUCCCUUAACCCCAGGCACCAGACCACCAUCUCACCAGCAGAUCUGCAUGGAAUGUGGUAUCCUACUGUCAGAAGGACCCUCGUGUGUCUCUCCAAACUGUACAGAUGCAUAGAUAGGGCAGUGUUUCAGGGACUAUCACAGGAGGCCUUGUCUGCCUGCAUCCACUCACUGCUGGGAGCUGCCGAUUCCAUCAGCAAAAACAAG